UUUGUUCAGUUGCUUUAAGGCAAGGAAAAGUGGCAUCCGGAGAGAGAGAGAGAGAGGGAGAGAGAGAGAGACUCAUCAAAUAUUAAAAAAAGAAAAAAUUAAAAACUAUAUUUUUUUCUAUAACAACAAUGCCACUCUGCUGCCUUGAGUCAAUUCCUGGCUUACUUUCAAGGGUUUGUUCUAUUUAUGUAUGCACUGAAAUGGGUAUGCCAGAUUGCUUUCUAAAUCUCUCUUCUCUAUCUAAUGGAUUCGUGUUCUCUCGCAGAUGAACAUGAAUAUCUGCCCUAUUCUGUUUCUGUGCUGGAGUUUUUGUGUGGUAUUUUGAUUCUGGGGAUACUGGUGAUUAGCAAGCAUCAAAAUUUGGGUUUCAUCCAGUUUCAGUGAUGGGGAGUAACAGCAGAGGAAAGGAUGGGGAAGGCUCUUCUGGGGUUAAAAAGGAUGAAGAGAACUAUGAGUAUGAACAAGACAUGAAAUUUGUGCGGCCUGAAGCACUCUUUCGCAAUACCAACGGAUUCACAGAUCCGUUGGUUCAGUUUCCUCCCUUGCUCACACAACCCCAGGUACCUGUGGUUGCCAUGCAAGGAGCUGCGGCGGUAGCGCAACCCCUGCCACAAAAUGGAUAUGUAGAAUCUGUGAUUUAUGAAAGGUUGAAAAGGGUAAGGAUCACGUGGAAUCAUGAAGCUACCAAUGUUGCUGUUGCAGGAUCAUGGGACAACUGGGAGACCACGGAGCCCCUGCAGAGAGUGGAUCAAAAUUUUCUCCUAGUUAAAACACUCCCAAUAGGUAUCUAUCAUUACCGUUUCAUUGUAGAUGGCUACUUGACACAUGCUCCAGAGUUUCCAUCGGCUUUUGAUGAUUCAGGUUAUGGCUACAAUAUAUUGAAUUUGCAGGACUAUAUACCAGAAAUAGUUGCAAACUUAUCCGAUUUUGAAGAUCCUCCAUCACCACCAUCGAGUUAUGAUAACUCACACUUAAAUGAAGAGGAGUUCAGCAAGCCUCCACCAGAAUUACCACCACAACUACCACUGACAAUGAGACAUGAGCCUUCAUCUACUAGUGGUAAUCGUCAUGUCCAUAGGCCCACGCAUCUGGAACUCAAUCAUCUAUUCAUACACAAAACUGAAAGUGGUCAAUUUGUGGCACUACGAUCAACUUACAAGUUUCAACACAAAUAUAUUACUGCUGAACUGUACAAGUCUCUGCGCAGGGAAAGAUGAUGAAGCUGUAUGAUGUUUGUCUCCUAUUGUAUUUGCCUCGUUUAAGCGGUCUUUAUGAGAACAUUUGUUAAGGUCAUUAAUCCGAUGUGUAGAGAAUUGAUUGGAAUAGGUGAAUCAAAUAUUGCUUUCCUUGUAAAAAAACUUCAGGGGAUAUGAUUUUAUUUUUGCAGUUCGAGGUCAAUAUAUACAAUACAUUUUCAUAGUGGUUGACUAUUGUCCAGCUUUCAAGGAAAUUGAAUAUGCUUACAGCACAUGCUGUGAUGAAAAUUCAAUGAUUAGUCGAGCAUAUAAUAAUGUCUUA